CACUAACUGUAAAUCGCUCUGGAUAAGAGCGUCUGCUAAAUGACGUAAAUGUAAAUGUAGGUAUCCCAGGUGACUUAAAAUGGUAUGGUCUUCUGUGUUCCCUGUACUUAAAUUACAUCUGCGAACAAGCAAACAGAGUGAGAAAGAGAGCGAUACAUUCCUGCUGUAGGUCUUAUCCUGCGUGGUCAGCAGUCAUGAGAGACGCUUUCCCCUUCAUAAGUUUGACCCCGCAUGGAGUCAGUGGUCGCUCCCAACUUUCACAGGAACAGUAGCUAUGUCCUCAGCGGACAUCCUGCUUCCUAGGGGGUGAGCUGUGGAUUUGUGGAUGUAGUUAGACAGCUGUAAGCUUUAUUUCAGUUUCCUGAAAGAUUAUGGUCACAUAGCUUUUCAAUUCCUGAAAAGUAUCAGUAAGGACUACAUUAAGAUGACUGAAUUAUAACAAACACACAGUCUAAAAGUAAUCUACUUCCAAUAACGUUCAUUUGCUCGUUUAAAGUGAAAAUCCACACUCCUAUAACACGUAGUAUUUAUAGACUAACUAGUCUUUCAGCUGUUCAACUCAAGCAGUGCCAGUGAUAUCCUACCCCUCAGCUAAAUUUGAAGACAUUUAAAAGGGGUGAUCGUAAGCAAACAUCAAACCAAAAACGCUACAAAUACAUUAGUAUGUCUUUAACAUACAACAAUAUAUAUAUUGACGUUAAUUAGUCCAAUGAAAUAUAUGUAUUACUCCUUAUCACGACGAUGUGGCCUCAACAUUGACGUCAAUUUCUGAACGUAUCCCCCCUUUCCCGUAGAAUGGAUCGAGCAGUGCCGAACUCUUAGCACAUCGCAUCGUUUCUCUACUUAGAACUGGGAGCGAUGCGUUGUUGGCAAGAUGGGAUUUUUCACGAAAAAUUGAUUGAUUAUAAUAUGUUAUUAGAAAGAAGGUUGGUGGAAUAUUUCCAUCAUGAGGGGAUAUGUAUACCAGGAUGUGGGCAGAGUCUUCUAUUUCGUUUUUUGUUUGAAACCUCUGUCCUGAUCUAGUCGUCUGCUACGGGCAGAGAAGGUGGCCAUGGGGGUAGCGCCUCACUCUCUCCUGGCCCUGAUUGGCCAGUUGCUCUGGCUGAUACUGCUGCUCCUGGCUCUGCUCACUCCCUGGAAUGUCCUCGGAGCUAAAGAGCUGAAGCCCACUAGAUGGCCCCUGUUCUCCCAGAAGCCUUUGCUCCUCGCCUGGAAUGCCCCGACAGAGGACUGCCGCCCCCGGCACGGUGUGCAUUUCCCGCUGGAGCAGUUCCAGAUUGUGGCGUCGCCCAACGAGGGCUUUGUCAGACAAAACCUCACCAUCUUCUAUAAGGACCGGUUAGGGCUGUACCCGUAUUAUGAGCGUGAUGGCACCACGGUGAACGGUGGACUCCCACAGGCCGCCAGCCUCACGCAGCACCACGAGAAGAUGCCCGAAGGUGUUCACAAGUACAUAAGUGAACCAAACGCCAAAGGCCUCGCCGUCAUCGACUGGGAGGAGUGGCGUCCGCUGUGGAUCCGCAACUGGGACAUCAAGGACGUAUACCGGAACCGAUCCCGGCAACUGGUGGCCAACAAAAACCCGGCGUGGCCCCUGGAGCGCGUGGGGAAAGUGGCCCAGCAGGAGUUUGAGCUGUCAGCCCAGAAGUUCAUGCUGGAGACCUUGCGGCUGGCCAAGAGCCUGCGGCCCAACCAGCUGUGGGGGUUCUACCUGUUUCCAGACUGCUACAACCAUGACUAUCGGAGCGGCAUGGAGAACUACACGGGCCGAUGCCCUGACGUGGAGGUGGGCCGCAAUGACCAGCUGACCUGGCUGUGGACUGAGAGCACGGCCCUGUUCCCAUCUGUCUACAUGAGCACGGUGCUGCGCUCCACCACGUUUGGGCGGCAGUUUGUCCGCAACCGGGUGAAGGAGGGGAUGCGUCUGGCAUCGACGGGCGACGGGCUGGCACGGCCUGUCUUCGUCUAUACCCGGCCUACGUAUUCCAACGAGCUGACUCCGCUGACUGAGACAGACUUGGUGUCCACCAUUGGGGAGAGUGUAGCCCUGGGAGCAUCUGGGGUCAUCGUCUGGGGAGACCAUACCUACGCCAGCAGCAACGCCAGCUGCUCCAGUCUGAGUGAGUACCUCCGGGGUCCGCUGGGCCGGUACCUACUCAACGUCUCCACAGCAGCAGAACUGUGCAGUCAGAAGUUGUGCGGCUUACAUGGCCGCUGCCUCCGCAAACACUCAGACACUGAUGCUUACCUGCACCUCAGCCCCCUCACCCACAUUAUCAGCAGCCAGGGGGGGGGGCUGAAGGUGACGGGGCAACUAGGCCAGGGGGAGCUGGCUGAGUACCGGCAACACUUCCAGUGCCAGUGCUACAGUGGGUACAAGGGCGAGGGCUGUGCCCAGAGAGAGCUAGGGAAGAGUGGUGCUGCCCCUGUCUGGAGAGUCUGGUCUGUACUGACUCUGCUGCUCCCUCUGGGGCUUCUCACUGUGCUCCACUGAGGCUGGGAGGCGCAGGAGCUGACAACGUGCAAUAUGGGGGAAGCCACAACCACCACACCGUGGUCCUGGUUUUAGUCCUGGCCUCUACUGGGGCUCAGGGGGCUUCCUGGUCAGGGAUGGGCACUAGCUGCUCUGUGGGACUGAUCCAUGGAGGAGAGGACAUGGGAGUGCCUGCCUCUCAACAGGAUGAAGGAAGGAGGGGACUGAAGAUACCCUUCAGUUACCCACACAAGCUAAAGGGACAGCAUCUGAAGUGGGGAAAACAAUAAGCCUUCUAUUUUGACUUUCUGUUUUUAGUGAGUGGGUGCGCUUCAGGUGUGGCAGAAAUAAAGGUCUAUACUGAAGUGAUCUAUCCCUCCCUUCACCGAGCUGGAAGACAUCUGGAGCUAACAGCCAGAAUUAGAACUAAGACCCUCCCCUAACCUAACCCGGACGACGCUGGGCCAAUUGUGAUACAGCCCGGGAUCGAACCCGGGUCUGUAGUGACGCCUCUAGCACUGCGAUGCAGUGCCUUAGAACCCUGCGCCACUCGGGAGGCCCGUUCCUCUCUCUUUUUACUGAUGUUGAAACUUACUCAUGAGGGAAUUGAGAAUUUUCAACAACAGAGAACCUAACGCAUCACACAAGAAUGCUACUUUUCUACAAAGAGACUGCUACUGUGAAGCUUCUGUCCAAAGAGACCUGUGCUUUGAUAGUCCUACCUCUCGGCUAGACGGCUACACCCUCACCCAGUUCUGAUCUGGCCGAACUGCAGAUACGGCAAGGAAAAAUGUGUUUUUUUUCCCCAGCAUCUUUUUGUAAUGGUCUCUUUUUCUACGGUCUUAUUUUUUUUAUGCCUCUAAUGUUGCUGUGGAAAAUAACUGGAAUAUUUGGAAAAGUCUGCUUCAUUUGAAUAUUCACGAGCUUCAGUAAGGCUUAGCAUUGUGGCAAGGAACUCAUUUCAUCUACAUAGCUGUCUGUGUCACACACGGACUGCUUUUGCAAACUUGAAGCACCUCAGUCACAUUAACAAGAAACGACUCGUCUAGGAAUAUGUAAGAAAUGUUUGUAACCCACAACAUGUUCUUCGACAUUUUGUAAACACACGAGUCAUCUGCACAGAAGACGGUAUGCCAGUGUGAGGUGCCUGUCCAACGUGUGUUUGGCCUAGCGUGUCUGUGGUCAUGUUCCUUAUUCUAGUGCCUCUACUAUUUCUCUGUGUAGAUGUUUUCUGACUGUCUGUGAGGAUUGUAAACCAAAGCUGAAAGCACUUUUGCUCAUUUUGUCUUUACUCUAUUCUUCCUUCUGUUGCCUGAAACCAAAUUCCUUAGAAAAUGGCUUUGUCCUCUCGUGGGCUUCUUCAGGGGACCACAGUCGGACCUCAGUGUGGGUCUGUCAUUUUCACUGCUCUUAUUUAUGUCCCAAACAUGCUUCUCAUUUACUCUCUUACAUGUUCAUUGGAUGUAAUUGUAAUUAGUAGUUUCUUUUUAUUACAUUAAACUUGAAAUAUGAGAAGGCUCUCAAUGAAUUUGUAUCUUGGA